AUGACAGCAAAACAAUUUCUCGAAACUCGCGCCUUACAAAUUUGGCAAACUUGGGCUAGAAAUAUUCCUGGUGAAGUUAUUUUCUUUGUUUCUGAAGGAACAGAACUGAGCUCUAAAAUUAAAAAUUCUGGAAUGAAAAUUAUUUCUUUGCGUGGUGUUGAUGAUUCUUAUCCACCUCAAAAGAAGUCAUUUGCGAUGUUAAGGUGGAUGUAUGAUAAUCGCUACUCAGAUUUUAAUUGGUUUUUAAGAGCUGAUGAUGAUCUCUAUAUUAAAAGCGAAAAAUUAGCAAAUUUUCUUCAUUUAUUAGACCCUUCUAAAGUUCUUUUACUUGGCCAGGCAGGUCUGGGCAAUGUUGAAGAGUAUGGGCAACUUUCACUUGGCACAAAUGAUAAUUAUUGUAUGGGAGGGCCGGGGGUUAUAUUAUCGAAGGAAACACUCAGGCAAUUAGCCCCUUAUUUGGAGCAAUGUUUAAAUUCUUUGUUAACAACACAUGAGGAUGUUGAAUUGGGAAGGUGUAUUAGGCAUGUUGGCCUAGCAUGUCCAUGGAAUUACGAAAUGCAAACUUUAUUUCACAACAAUGCAUCAAUUGCCAAUUUAUUUACUAAUUAUUUAUCAGCUUCCAUUAAUUCACAUACUUUACGUCAUUUAUUUACUCUACAUCCCGUCAAAAAUCCAAUAGCAAUGAGAUAUAUUCAUUUGAGGGUAGAAAUGAUUAAACUUUCAGAAUUACGUCAAAAAAGGAUGGAAUUAAUGGAACAAAUAGAGGAAAUUAAUGGGAAAAAUAAAAAGAUUGCAGAUCAACAACCACAAAUUAUAAAUUCUGAAUAUUCAGCUUCUUCAAAUCACAACGCUCUUUUCUCUGGAUUAAUUCCAAAAGUGCCAAAUUCCCCAGAGAAUGUUCCUAUUUGGGAAUUUAUCUCUUCAGACACAAAACUUUUAUUUUGUAUUAACAAACCAAAUUGCCCCAAACACACAAUAGAAGCUGAAUUGAGAAGACAAAUUUCUGAUAUAUUAAUUAAAAUUUUUGAUGAAUUUAAUUUAAAUGCACUCCAAAAAGGAAGAACUUUGCAUUUUCAACGAGUUCAGUAUGGCUAUAUGAGAAUACAGCCGACAUUUGGUGUUGAUUUUGUUCUCGAUAUUGCUUUACGUUAUCACCGAUUACGAGGUCCUUUACACUCUCGUGCUCCUUUAACAGUUCGCCGACAUGCUUAUGUUCAACAACGUUUUGGCCAACUUCAAUCUCGCUCACUAAUAAUUAAAAGAAAAGGGAAAAUUGAAGAAAACCAUAUAAUUAAUAUUUUAAUUGCUUUAAAAGGAAGGGCUGAAGUGUUUGAUAGAUUUGCAAAUAAUUUGAUAAAAAUAGCAAAUGGAAGAGGGGAAAAUAGUGAUAUUAGACUUGUUUUAAUCCUUUAUAGAGGUGCUGCCCUUUCUGCUGGAAUUGCUCUUUUACCUCCAAAUGCUUUGUUAUUACUUGCAGAUGUUGAUAUUUUAAUUGGGGAAGGGGCAUUAGAACGUAUUCGAUUGAAUACUAUUUUGGGUAAACAGGUCUAUUUCCCAAUAGUCUUCAGCGAAUAUUCUCCAACUACUUGGAAAUUAAAUAACGAGGAUUUUUAUUCCCAACAACGUGGUUAUUUUCGUCAUUUUGGUUAUGGAAUUGUUUCUUUAUAUAAAAAAGAUUUUGAUUUAAUUGGGGGAUUUAAUCAAACAAUUAAAGGAUGGGGACUUGAAGAUGUUGACUUUUUUGAGAAAGUAAUUAAAAGUGGAAAUAUAAUCCCUUUUAGAUCUAUAGAUAAUGAUUUAAUUCAUAUUUUCCAUUCAAUUGAUUGUAAUAAAAAUAACAAAUAUCAAAAUAAAGCACAAAAGGAAGCUUGUGAAGGAACAAGAGCACAAGGAAUUGCUUCUUUGGAUUUUUUGGCUGAGCAAUUUGGUCCGAAUUUAUGA